GUGCAAAAUACAACAAUGUCUUCUUCUUCUUCUUCAGCUUCGUUUUCGUUUUCGUUUUCAACUCUCUCCCCCGCCAAACACCCUUCCAACCCUCUUCUUCCAUGGGAAGUUCUCCUCCUCAUCUCUCAGCACCUUAACCCAAAGACCCUAGCUAUAGCCUCAAGUGUAUGCAAGCCAUGGUUUAUCUCCAUGUCUCAUGACCAUCUCUGGAAGCCCAUCUUCCUUUCCCACUACCCUUCUCUCUCCUCCCUCCAUCUCGUGGACCCCACCAUCCCCUAUCGCCGUCUCUUCGCUCUCGGUUACUUGGCAUCUAUGCAUCGACGCCGCGACCAUCCAGAACCCCGUAUCUCCCUCCACGACCUCAUCUUGACCGUCGACGUCUUCCACAACGACGCCCGCUUGCUGUCUAUAGCCAAGGCUGGCGAGGAACUCGACGAUGGACGAAGUGGGGUUUUCCGGUUCGACGUAUGCAUCUCUGAUGAUGAUGAUCGUGUGGCGAUGAUAGAGAGGGAAGAUGGGCUGAAGGUGGCGUGGACGGUGGUGUCGAAAGGGUGGAAAGCGGCUUUCUUUAUGAUGGAAGGUAAAGGGAAUGGGAAGUUGGUUGGGAGGAAUGAGAGGUGGUUUUCAGAGGAACUUCCAUCGCCGGGGCGUUGUUCAACGACGUUGACAAGUGGUCUGGCGGCAGAACUAGGGUUAGGGUUUUGUGGGGGUGAUGGGAAGAGAGUGUUGGAGAAGGUGAGUUUGGGUUUGAUGAGUGUGGUGAGUUGGAGGUAUGUGAGUGUGGAUGAUGGUCUUAGGUAUUUACAGCAUUUCCUUUUGCCAUCCAAUGCCUAGAAAACUUCUAUCUUUUGUUGUGAGAAGAUAUGAAGAAUGUGGUUAUUGUUAAGAGAUGGUAUAUUUUGAAGUUUGCUGA